ACACACACAUACACACACAGAGAGAGAAGGGGAGAGAGAAAGAGCGGCUGCAGAUUUAGACUCUUUGUUAUUACACACUCUGUCACUGAUCUCCAUAGUCCUGAUUUCACACGAGGGCUGAAAUGUCGUCGAUUGCCGUCAUCUGACAGGAGCAUCGUCUUGCAUCGAUCGCCGUAUGAUCAUGAAGUGUGUGUUGUAUGUUUAUGUGGAUGCGGUGGUGUAAGAUCGUGUGCGGUGUAUGGUGCGUUUGCCAUCUGGACACACUCCGCUAGCUCGCUAGCAUCAGGCUAGCUGAAAAUUAUCAAAACAUAAGUGACUGAGGAGGAAUAAAAUCCCGUUUCCAUGGAAAACACGUCCAUCAUUACCCAGGUAGCAAAUCCAAAGGAGGAAGAGAACCUUUCUUGUCAAGAAAAAGUCUCCCAGUCCAACAGCAGUUUAAAGAAACACAGGAACAGAAGUAUCUUUAGUCCCUUCUUCUGCUGUUUCCGGGACUAUAAUGCAGAACCACCAGCCACCAACAACAAGACCUGCUCCCUCCCUCCACCUGCCGAGGAGAACAGCAGCCCUGCAAAGUGUGAUCAGGUUCAGGUCAUCCCUAUUCCCAGUCCUCCAGCCAAAUACCUCUUGCCUGAGGUCAGCAUUAAUGAUUACGGCAAGAACUGUGUGGUCAUUGACCUGGACGAGACCCUUGUGCACAGCUCUUUCAAGCCUAUCAGCAACGCAGACUUUAUAGUCCCUGUGGAGAUUGACGGAACAGUUCAUCAGGUCUACGUGCUGAAGAGGCCUCAUGUGGAUGAGUUUCUGCAGAAAAUGGGCGAACUCUUUGAAUGUGUUCUCUUUACAGCCAGUUUGGCUAAGUAUGCUGACCCUGUAGCAGACCUGUUGGACCAGUGGGGUGUGUUCAGGGCACGGCUCUUCAGGGAAUCCUGUGUGUUCCACCGGGGGAACUACGUCAAAGACCUCAGCCGACUGGGCCGGGAGCUCAACAAAGUCAUCAUAGUGGACAACUCGCCUGCCUCCUACAUCUUCCAUCCAGAGAACGCUGUGCCGGUGCAGUCGUGGUUUGAUGACAUGACAGACACCGAGCUUCUGGAUUUACUGCCACUGUUUGAAGGCCUGAGCAGGGAGACGGACGUUUACGGUGUGUUACAGAGCCCGAGGACCAGGUAACACACGAGUCCAGCAGCACUGCCUUGCAAACACAAACGCCCCCCUCCAUCCGUCUCGGGUCGAGCCAAUGUUCCGUUCUGGCCUCUAGAGGACACCACUCACCCAACGGACGCUACUUUAUCUCUCUCAGUGGACCAACGGCCAACAAUAUUCCUUGAGCAAAUAUAUACACUCAAGAAGAAAACAAAGCGUCAUCUUUUUAAAAGAAACACAAGAGUUUACUAUCCUUGAGUAUAU